UCCUGGGUUCUCUCCCCGGCUCUGGGAGGGGAGUGUCUCCUGCAUUGUGCGACACACGGGCUCCCCCCGCCCCCCAUCUCCUGUAGGGCGAGACCUCGGCCCCCUUCGCUGCCCCCCUGAGCCAGCCAGUCCCCGCCCUGGGGCCGGAAGGACGCUCACACACACAGACACCACUAGGGGGCAGCAAGUCCCCGCCCCCCCGCAUGUCACAAUGGUGUCUGCCGCCCCCUGCAGGACGCCCCGGGAACUGCAUCACAAAGCUCCAAGCCGGGGCUCCCCGCCUCCCCUCAGUCAGCUGUGCCGGCAGGGUGGGGGUCAGGGAUGCAGGGCCCGGCUCGCAGGCCCCCGGCCCCACCCCCUCUCCAAUGGGGGAGACCCACUGCCACGGGUGCCCCAUAACCGGCCCCUGCUGCCUGGACGUUCAGGACACGGUCAUCCUCCUGGUGGCGCUCAUCCUGGUGGUGGAGAUCGUCCUGAAGAUCGUAACAGUGAUCUGCUGCCGGCUCUGGAUGCUGCUCACGGGGCUCGGAGGCGCGUUUGUGCCCAAGGCACCAGCAUCCCCACUGCCCGACUCCCCCAUCCAGAAGCCCCGCUGCCCGCUGCACGACGCGAGCCCGAUCUCUCCCCAGGACCGGCGCCCCCCUGCCUGGUGGCUCCCCCUUCCUUGGCGCUGCCCGCUCUGCCGCUGGAAGGCCGUACGGCUCACCAUGGAUGUCAACCUGCACCGGGACCGGCCCCAGCACGACUACGAGGCCCCCUGGGACCCGGACGACACCGCUCGGCACCGCCACAAUGCCCCAGGGCCCUACCAUAACUGCACCUGCCCCCGGGCCUCAUCGGCCCCCUCCGCCCUGCCCCGAGAUGCCAGCCGCCGCAAGCUGCGCCCGGCCACCGUCUCCCGUGGCACUGAUGCCCGCCCGGCCCCCGGGGUCCGGUUCGGCCGCGCCAGCCGGGAGGAGCUCUCCUCGUCGGGCGGCGAGUCCCAGCGCCAGCGGCCCACCAAGGUCUACAUCUAUCCCGUCCACCCAGAGACUCCGCCCGCCAGCCGCGACCCCUCGCCCAGGCGCCGGGAGCUGCGCUGGAAGGAGGGCACGGGGAGGCCAGCCGGGGCACCGGGCAGAGCCGGGUCGCGGCCACCGACACCGCAGACCGGGCAGCGGAGAAGCAGGCGCCGCCCGGUGGCCGCACCCAGUACUACAAAGUGCAGGAGCCCUCCAUGCAGGAUUGGGUCUACCGGCCCGCCAAGGAGCCCCAGGGGAACCGAAACCAAGUGGGCUAAAGUGGGGCUCUCCCCCUCCCCCAGCUUGGAAAAUAAAGAGUAAAGCUACCUGGAA